CGGGAGGAAGAGGCGCCCCAACACCACGCGGUUCCCGCGCUCCGGCCGCAGCUGCCCCGGCCCCGCCGGCAUCGCCGCCCGGAGCCCGCAGGAGCUGAGCAUGGAGAGCAGCGAGGAGCCGGUGGCAGAGGCCGUUUGGAGCGGCUCCACGGCUCGGCAGGGAGAAGCCAACGGGGAGGAGAAGCCGCGGAGAUCCCUGAGCAGGAGGGGCUGCAAAGGCAGAGCGCGGGGAUCCGAGGGGGAAAGAGCCAGCCUGGGCCAUGGAGGGGCUCAGAGAUCCGAGCUGGGGCCCCGUGAGCAGCUCCAGGGAGGGGAGGAGAAGCCCCACAAGUGCUCCGAGUGUGGGAAGAGCUUCAAGAGGAGAUCCUGCCUGAUUGUGCACCAGAGAACCCACACGGGAUCUGAGGGGGAAAAACCCAGCCUGGAGCAGGGUCAGAGCUCAGAGCUGGGGGUCCAAGAGCAGCUCCAGGGUGGGGAGGAGAAGCCCCACAAGUGCUCCGAGUGCGGGAAGAGCUUCAAGCGCAGAUCCUGCCUGAUGCAGCAUUGCAGAAUCCACACGGGGGAGCGACUGUACCAGUGUGACCAGUGCCAGAAGAGCUUUAGGAGCCGCUCAGAACUCGUGGGGCACCAGCGCUCACACACGGACGAGAGGCCCUUCCAGUGCCCCGACUGCGGGAAGGGCUUCAAAAGCGUCUCCGAACUCAACCAGCACCGGCGCAUCCACACCGGGGAGAGGCCCUACGAGUGUGGUCAGUGCGAGAAACGGUUUCGGAGCAGCUCCCAUCUCCUCAGUCACCAGAUCACCCACACCGAGGAGAGGCCGUUCCGCUGCCGUGAGUGCGGGAAGGGCUUCAGACGCAAGUCCCACCUCAACACCCACCGGCGCAUCCACACUGGCGAGGGACUCCAGGAGUGUCCCCAGUGUGGGAAGAGCUUCAGAACGAGGUCCACCCUGACUGCCCACCUGAGGAGCCACACUGGGGAGAGGCCCUACAAGUGUGAUCAGUGCCAGAAGGGCUUUUACACCUCGUCUGAUCUCCUCAAGCACCAGCGCAUCCACACGGACGAGAGGCCCUUCCGCUGUCCCGAUUGUGGGGUGGGAUUCAAGCACAACUCUGCCCUCAUCGUCCACCGGCGCAUCCACACUGGGGAGAGGCCCUACCAGUGUCCCCAGUGUGGGAAGAGCUUCAGAGCGAGCUCCCACCUGACUGCCCACCUGAGGAGCAUCCACACCGGUGAGAGGCCCUAUGAGUGUCCCCAGUGUGGGAAGAGUUUCAUCCAGAGCUCCAGGCUGACUGUCCACCUCAGAAGCCACACUGGGGAGAGGCCCUUCAAGUGUGAUCAGUGCCAGAAGGGCUUUUACACCUCGUCUCAUCUCCUAAAGCACCAGCGCAUCCACACGGAUGAGAAACCUUUCCGCUGUCCCGAUUGUGGGGUGGGAUUCAAGCACAACUCCCACCUCACCGUCCACCGGCGCAUCCACACCGGGGAGAGACCCUACCAGUGUCCCCAGUGUGGGAAGAGCUUCAGAGCGAGCUGGCACCUGACUGUCCACCUGAGGAGCCACACCGGGGAGAGGCCCCAGGAGUGAGAUCAGUGCCCGAAGAGGUUUCAGAGCAGCUCCCAUCUCCUCAGUCACCAGCGCAUCCACACCGAGGUGAGGCCGUUCCGCUGCCGUGACUGCGGGAAGGGCUUCAGGCUCAGCUCUGCCCUCAUCAGGCACCGGCGCAUCCACAGCAGGGACAGACCCCACGAGUGUGAUCAGUGUGGGAAGGGCUUUUCUAAAACCUCCACUUUGACCGGACACCUACAGAGGCAGCACUGAGGGCAGCCCUGGGUGGGAAGAGCUCCGUGCGCUGCUCCAGCUCCAUCUCACACGGGAGGAUCCGUGCUGGAUCAUCCCCAGUGAGCCCAGGUGGGAGGAACCCUCUUGAUCCCUGUUGAGAAGACACCUGGCUGGGGGCUCCACAUCCUCCUGGCUCCCCGUGGUCACCUGAGCUCAUCCACAGCCCAAGAUACGAAAUCCAUUGUGGAGAGCACAUUUGUCAACUUCUGACCCCAGAAAAAGUUUUUCUGUCAUUUUUUCCGUAAUUUUUUCCAUGAGGGGGAUGCUGGGUCCAUGGAGUUGAGGGUGCCUGGGACAGAUUUGGGGGCUCCUCAGGGCUUUGGGCACCCCAGGCCCAGCAGCUCCAUCUGGGGCAGCAGAUCAAGGACCCCCUGCCCUGGCAGUGUCCCCACGUCCUCCCGUCCUGGUUCCUGCUGUCCCCUGUCCAGGAUCCUGCUCUCAUCCGAGUCCAGAUCCCAUUCCUGGUUCAAUACUUGUCCCUGUCCCAUAUUCUCUAUCAGGUUGCCAUUCCCUUAUUCCCUGUCCUGUUCCCCUUUCCCGAUUCCAGUCCCCAAUUCCCAUUUCUCUGUUCCCUGUCCCGUUCCCAUUUUCUGAUUCCUGAUCCCAAUCCCAGCCCCUCUCCUGUAUUCCCAGGCCAGUAUUCACACUCCUGUCACGGACACAUUUUAUUAAAAUAUCCUUUCCUUGGGAUCUUUUCCUCCUGAGGAGCUGAGAGACCUCAAGAAUGAAAAUUAAACUCUAAUAAUCUGCUGUUGUGGAAUGCAGCAAUUUCGCCUUGAUUGGUUCAAUGUGGUUGUUUUUAAUAAUGACCAAUUAAAUUUGGCUCUCUCAGCCUCUCUGUUCACUCACAACAUUUUAUCAUAAUAAUUUUCUAUUAUUUU